AUGUCAAAAGCACACUUCAUGAAGGAAUACUUGCUUGCUCUGGUGCUUUGGCUUGAACACCCGCCCAACUUUGAGAAAUGCUUUGGCAUGGCCAAGAAGACUGUCGUCGGACAGAAGCAGUUCUCCAAGAGCGAUGGCUUUCGAGAUUUGGUCGCAGCGCUGAAGAAAAGUAGCAAGGGACGAUUCGAUCUCAAGCCUCAGCAAAUGAAGGACCGUAUCCAGACUUACCGAGCUCGCUAUCUCAAAGCCAAGGCGUACGAGGCGUCUACGGGCGCAGGCAUCACGGCAGAAGAUGAAGCAGCUGGUGUGAACACGAUGGUUCAAAAGUUGGAGAACAUGUGUCCUUGGUAUGCCAAAUGA